AUGUCAGCCACUGGUCCCUCCGAUGAAGCCGCCCUGCCGGCGGCGCACAACAGCAGUGACGUGGAGGACUCGAUCGCUCUCGGCAGCGAGGAUUCGGACACGGACAGCUCGGAUGAGGAUGAGGACAGCUCGGAAGAAGAGACUCUCUCCCUUGAAGAGGAAUCCGAUGGAGGAGUGCCGAUCAUUGAAGACGAGAACAGCGACUGGGAGGACAAUGCCGAUGAAGACGAGCCGCCUAACUACGGGCGCCUUCUGGAAGGCGGUCGCGGCUACGUCCACCCGGACGGUCGCGAGGAAGUCUGGUACCAACAAAAGGUUCCUGACAACCCUGACGCUCCUGGCUGGACCACUCUCAAUUCUGGAUUGCGUGAUGAGUUCGACAAGCCCGUUCCCGUCGAUAGCGAUGAGUGGCUUAUCGCAGCGGCCUCGACCAAGGCCGAGAUCGAGGACUGUGCGCCCAACCACCAGAAGUGCAACUGCUCGUCCAUCCAACUGGCAAGGCUCUACGAUGAUCUCCCCUACUUCAAUCAUGAGAAUGGCUACUGGAUGGAUCCAGCCGCCAAAAAUUCACGGCGUACAAUCCAGCCUUUCGACCAAGAUACCACCCGCGUGAACGCCGAGAAGGCGAAGAAGCGCAAGCACGCCGCCAUCCACGACAGCCACCGUGACGCUGGAGGCUCGACUGCAACCGCUAAUAAUGACGUCAGCCCUACCAUGCUGAGCUCCGAGGUCACGGUCCCGCAGUGCGACCUACACUUCCCCGUCACCGGCAUUCUCGACGAAGACUGGAACUUCAUCGCCGGCUCACGCUACAUCAAGCAGCGCCUGUACUACAAGAACACGGUCGAUGAGGCGGCCUCCUCCUCACCCUCUGACUCUGACAGCAGCGACGAUGACAAUGUCGACGGCGAGCCUUUCAGCCCCUCGUCACCUCCGCACACCGCUCUCGACGCUGACACCAUGCCCUCCAACACAGGCCCCGAGCAAAACCGCAGCGCAGCCGACGAGACUGUCGCGGCCUCCGCCGCCGCAGCCGAUUCCUCUUACGUCCAGUACGUCGACCAAGCCUACAUGCUGCGCCUAAUUGAAGAAGACUACAAGAACCCAGCCUGCCGCAAGAUGAACAUCCACGCGCCGCCGCGCCAGUGGGACUGCCCGGCCUCGAUCGCCAAGCUCAACCGCUGGAUCACCAAUUUCCGCGAGCGCCGCCGCGCCGCCGAGAUGGCGGCGAAGCAGCCGCAGCAAGAACACCACCACCAACAGCAGGGACAGGAGAAACCUUCUAGAGUUAUCGAGGCCCACAGCACCGGCACUGGCAUCAAGAAGUAUCCGUGGUCGAUCGAGGAGCUCGAGGCGGUGAAGGAGAGCAUGGUGCUGCAGCUGCGCGAGACGGGCAAGUACAAGAUCGCGAAGCUGUUGGAGGUGCUCGAGGAGCGCUGGCCGGAGAAGAAGAGGACGCGCCACGCGCUGGCGAUGACGCUGGCGCGGUACGGUCUGGCCAGGCGGGCGAGGGAGAUUGUGUAUGGCGAGGAAGGGGAGAAGGAGCAGGCUGUCGAAGAGGCAGACAAUGGCGAGGCGGAUCUGGAGGAUAAUGACGAUGAUGAGGAGAUUGAAGUUGCGGACAGCGCUACUGAUGCUGGACAGUAA